UUUUUGUAGGUAUAUAUUAUAAUAUAAAGUAAUCAAAACUGUUUGCAAUUGUGUAACUUGAAUACUAUGCGUUAUUUCAUUUAAAAAAAAACCUUGCUUUGAUCUCAGUAAUACUCUAAUGAUAAGCAGACGAAGAAAUAAAAAGGUCAGUGCAACGGCAGGCUUCUGAGGAAGGUAACUACGGGCUUAUACUAUACAAGUAGAUUUGUCGUUUAUGACGUCACGCAACCAUCUCACUCUAACUACAGACGUGCUAUAUAAGUGAAAGGGAGUUGGGUUUACGCCUGCGCGCGCGCAUCGAAUGGUGAAUGUAGGCCGCGUGCGACCAUCUUUGAAACCCUCGCCACCUCGUCUCGGCAAAUAUAAAGGCUCGUUCUAUGUGGUAUCUAAGUUUGAAUGAUACAUUUUUAAAUACAUUUAUUCCUUUGAAAAUUAUAGUAACAUUGAUGUUCUGUUACUAACUGUAAAUACAUGUCAAAUUAUAAUAUUGAAAAAUUAUAAAAAACUGUGUGUUAUAAUAAAGUUUUAAAUUAUAAAACCUUUGCAAUACUUAAGGUAAUUAAGUAGGUAUGAGGACUAAUAGGAAAAAAAUAUUGUAAAACUGGUUUUCACUAAUGAAUUAACAUCAUUGUAUUAGAACGUAUUAACCGCUUGGUUUUUUACGGAUUACUCUGUAUCAAUUUCGUUUUCUGACUUUAAAUUAUUCUUUGUCAAAUUAAGUUUUUCACAGUGUCUCAUCUCCAAAAGUGCACUAAAGAGAGCCAUAAUUAUAUGUAAUACAAAUACAGGUAGCUCCCUGUCUCUAUUCAAAAUCUUAUGGCUAUAAUGAAUUGAUUAAUGUCUACCUAUCCAAGUUAUUAGGUUAGUGGGUCAUCUUAAUAACCUAAUCCCAACAUGAGAUUCAGUCAACAUAUUGCGCCCACAUUGUAAAAGCCUUCCGUCGGUUUCGUGCUCAAGUAUGCAGCAGGCUUUAUCGACAUGACGGUACAUUGACACGUUAGUUGGCUGUCGGAGCGGUGUCGCGCGCGGACGUCCGGCCAUAUUCCCGUCCCCAUGUUGCAGAGCAAGUCGGAAGACGAGCCAAUGGUCACCAAGAAGAAGUCCAAGAUACCAUGUCUAUCACUGUCAUCGUUCCUGCCAGCGCUAGAGGCUGUCACAGCGGCCGUCACCAUGCCCGGAGGAGGGGGAGCCCCUCCCGGUACUCCGUCGGCGAAGCCAAAGGAAAAACCAAGAAAUAAAAUAGUAGUCGCUCUCUACCCAUUCAAGGCUAUUGAAGCCGGUGAUCUCUCAUUAGAAAAGGGCGCCGAAUACGAAGUGUUCGACGAUUCUCAGGAGCAUUGGUGGAAAGUCAAGGAUGAGACCGGGUUGAUUGGUUACAUACCUAGUAAUUACGUCAAGGAGAAGGAAACAAUCGGGCUGCAAAAAUACGAAUGGUUCGUGGGCGAGAUGUCUCGCCAGCGGGCGGAGUCGCUUCUAAAGCAGGAAGACAAAGAGGGCUGCUUCGUUGUUCGCAACUCCUCCACCAAAGGAAUGUACACACUCUCCUUAUAUACCAAAGUUAACCACCCACAAACAAAGCAUUACCACAUAAAGCAGAAUUCCCGCGGCGACUUCUACCUGUCGGACAAGCACUGCUGCCCGAGUAUACCCGACCUGAUCAACUACCACAAGCACAACAGCGGAGGCCUGUGUUCCCGGCUCAAAACCACGCCCUGCGACCGCCCCGCGCCGCCCACUGCUGGACUGUCACACGACAAAUGGGAGAUAGAUCCAUCAGAACUGGUUCUACUAGAAGAACUAGGCGCCGGUCAGUUCGGAGUGGUGCGGCGCGGGAAAUGGCGCGGCAGGAUCGACACGGCCGUCAAGAUGAUGAAGGAAGGCACCAUGUCUGAAGACGACUUUAUCGACGAAGCGAAGGUUAUGACUAAACUGCAACACCAGAACCUGGUGCAGCUGUACGGCGUGUGCUCCAAGCACCGGCCCAUCUACAUAGUGACGGAGUACAUGCGGCACGGCUCGCUGUGCAACUACCUGCGGCAGCGGCAGGCGCCCGCCGACCAGCUCGGGCCCGCCGUGCUGCUCGACAUGUGUAUACAGGUUUGCAAAGGAAUGGCGUACUUAGAAAGACAUAAUUACAUCCAUCGAGAUUUAGCAGCAAGAAAUUGUUUGGUUGGAGAUGAAAAUGUAGUAAAAGUAGCAGACUUCGGGCUGGCGCGGUACGUGUUGGACGACCAGUACACGAUCACGGGCGGCACCAAGUUCCCCAUCAAGUGGGCGCCGCCCGAGGUCCUCAAUUAUACUAGAUUUUCCUCCAAGUCAGACGUUUGGGCGUUUGGUGUGUUAAUGUGGGAAGUAUUUACGGGUGGCUGCGUGCCAUACGGGCGAAUGAAGAAUUCAGAAGUUGUAGAAAUGGUUCAAAGAGGUCAAGUGCUGGAUAAGCCAAAGAGAACAGCAGACGAAAUAUAUAAUGUAAUGAGAGCGUGUUGGAGGCACGCGCCCGAAGACAGACCUUCGUUCCGUAUGCUCAAAGAAGAGUUGGCUGGCGUCGCGCAAAACGUGCUGGCCGAUUGACUGCGUCUACUGCUGCAGCUGCUGCACCAGCCCGACCGCAACGACAAGUCUGCCGACAAAACUGUCACAAACAAAUCCGUGGAAAAGUCCGCCGAUAAAUCUGAACGCCCCGACCCCGCCGCUACGCUGCCGAGAGUACGCCGGGUUCACGCUUCGCCAGUAUGAACAAGGGUUUGACAUUUUCACUAUAGAUAUUUUUUUUCCAGAUUUAUUGUCAUCGUAUUAGAUAUCGAUUGCUUAUGAAAUGUAUGGACUAUAAAUUGUGGAUUUAUUUAUGUAUAGUGAAAAACGAGCAAUAGCGUGAUUCCAUAACAUCGUUUCGCAAUGUGCUUUCUCAAAAUCUAUCCAAAGUGAUUUAGUUAUUAACUUAACCUUCCAUAGAUAUUUGCGAUUCGAUUAAUAGUAAUUUUUUAUUUACGUUUUUAUUUAAUGUAAAGAUUCUGUAUAAUUUGAUAAUAAAGAAAUGGGGAUAGAUGGUUUUUUGAAAUGAUACUUCGUCAAAAGAAUUCCUGUUAGUUCAAAAAUCACUUGUUUUUGUCUUGCUGGACCACUUGUAUCAUUAGUCUCUCCACUGUUAAAACCCUUCAACCAACAAUAUUUUCUCAUAAAUUACUACGAUUGAAAAACGUGUAACAAAACAGUGUUGUAUGUAAUCACUAAAGUUUCAUUGUUAAUUUUCUGUCUCAAUUUGCGAAUCGUAAAUCUCUGAGGGAGCUGUAAAUUUGAUGGGUUUAGUAACCGAUUAUAUUACUACAGACUAAAAUAACUUAUAAUUCACGAUUGUUGACCAGAAAGCCUUAUCUCCCUUCCUUUUCUGUUUUGGGUUAGGCUUAGAUAUGGGGAGAGGGAAGGCAUGAAAUGCUUUGUAAACAUUAGUGAUUAGCCCUGCUGGACUCUUGUGCCUAAUAACAGUGCUAAAUUUGAGAACCACAAUAUGCUUUCGAGUAAGUUAAGCUUUAACACAGGGUCUUUAAAGCAUUUGUAAGCGUGUAUAUUACUACACCGUGACUGUGGUCGGCGAAACGCAGCAAGAGUGGAAUAAAGCUUGGAAUUGAUUAGAAUGUUGUAAAUAUUAUCUAUCAGUUCUCUGUAGGUAACGAAAGUGGAAUCUGUUGUCCUGGGCGCCUCAAUAUAAUUAAAUUUGACUCAUAUUAAUUGAACUAAAUACAUAUCGAAAAUGAUUCUGGACUGCAAAAGAAAAAGCACAAAAUGUACCAACAUGUCAUUCAUGUGGUCAAAACUUUAGAAUAUGACAAAACAUUCCAAAAAUUUGGUUUGCAGUACAUCGAAACAUUGACAAUAAUAACAUUCCGAUUCAUGGGCGAAUUUAAAUGCCGCAAUAAAAAAUAACUACAUUGUUUGAUCUCAGAGCUGUGAAAUGACAUACUUUGUUUGGAUAUUUUAAAUAUAAAUUAACAAAUGAGCAGGUCUCUGCUACAUUCACCUACAUAUCUAGUCUCUCCGCAAUUCUAGUUUCUUUAAUCAAGAGAAACUUUAUACAGGAAGAUAAGACAUGAUAUUAUUAGCGCAAUAAAUACAUCAUAAGAUAUCAUUUUUUUCAUCUUCAUAUCAUGUAGUAUAAGUAUGUAAAUAAAUUGUAUUAUUGAUACAAAAAUAACAAAGUUAAGAAAUCUUAUGCAUACCGAAUUUUACAAGAAUAUCCAAAUUAAUUUUUAUCCGCUGUCUUGUCACUGCUUUUGAAUUUAUAGAUUUUAACAAGAAAGAAAAUAACAAAUUCCAUCCUUAUAUUUAUCUUGCUGCACGAAUAGCCCCAAUAUGAUAGCCAUUUUAUUUCUAUAAGAUGUAGAAAUAAAAUGGCUAUAAAAUUGGGGGCUAUUCGAUAUCUCAUAUAAAUAUUUGGGCACACAAAUAAGCUCUUGUCAUUUAACCCUCAUAGGAAGUCCACCAAAACGCAGGAUAAUCUCAUGGUUUAAUUCCUUUGAAUCAAACGUAUAAUACGGCCCUAAACAGUAAAAGAACCUAGUCAAAUUUUAUAAAAUAAUAUUUUAUCUCUUGACAUCAUUAAAACAUUUUUUUGUAUAUUGGAAUUAAAGAUUUGACUGAUGGGAACAUAAUUAAUCUAACAUUCUGUUUGAAAAAGCAGUGACAAUGUUAAAAUGUGCCAAUAAAUUUCUGAAGACAUUGUAUAAUUUUAGGCAUUGACUGAAUAUUAAAUUGAACUAAUUUGUUACCGCUUUUGUUAAUUCGCAUUGAAAAUUCGUUUUAAAAAAGUAUUAAGGAAUAUUUAUAUAGUUUCCAAUUUGUUUAUGUCGAUUAUGUUGUAAAUGUCUUUCGUUGUGAUACAUAUUGAGUGCUUAGUAAUAUGUAGUUACUAAGUAUUUAUUAGUAAUAAUAGUAAGAGACUAUAGUUUGAUACUGUGACAUGGUAAGUUAUAAUCCUUUACAUACAACACCCUAAACAGUACAAUAUACAUCUAUUGAAAAGGUGUGCUUUGCCAAUUAUAUGAAUAUCAUGUUCAAAUAAGUAAUGUAAUUUGCUUCAAAUAUUGUACAGCAACUAUUACUUUGUAUAACUGUUUUGUAAAAUUAUUAAGCCAAGUAAAAACAAUUA